AUGUCGGACGACAAAGCACCUCAGACAUCACACUUCUCCAAUGACGACCUGAAGAUCUCCAAGCUCUUCGAUGUCUCCCACAUCACUGCCGUGGUGACAGGUGGUGGGACAGGCAUUGGAUUGAUGAUCGCACAGGCGCUGAAAACCAACGGAGCCAAGGUGUACAUUACUGGACGUCGUCAAGAAGCGCUCGACAAGGUUGUCGAACAGUACGGCAACGACACCGGUUCAGGCAAGAUCAUUGCUCUUCCAGGCGACGGCUCCAAGAAGGAAGAGUGCGUUCGCCUGGCCAAAGAGGUCGCAUCCAAAGAAUCAAACGGUAUCCAUCUCCUGGUCAACAAUGCCGGCAUCGCACGCGACGAUAAUACGAAAUUCUCGGCCGCUGGAAAACCCGACUUUUCAUCAGCAGAGAGUAUCUCCCAACAUAUGUUGAAAUCUGAACCGCAGUCCUGGGCCGAUACAUUCGAGACCAACGUGACCGGACAGUAUUGGAUGUCCGCGGCGUUUCUGCCACUGCUGGCGAAAGGUCGUGAAGUGACACCAGGAUACACUUCCAGCAUUGUCAACAUCAGCAGUAUCAGUGGUUUGAUGAAAGGUUCCAGCAGUGGCCAGUUCGCCUAUGCGAGCAGCAAGGCUGCGCUCGUUCACUUGACCCGCAUGCUAGCGACGACUUUGUCGGAGACAAAAGUCCGAGUUAAUCAGAUAGCGCCCGGCGUGUUUCCCAGUGAGAUGACGACUGGUGAGAGCGAUGAGAGUCAGAAGAGCGAGUUGAGUAGUAAAAUGGGCAAUCCUGCUGGUCGCGGAGGAAGCGAUGCGGACAUGGCUGCCUCUAUCUUGUACUUGGUCUCACCUGGAGGAGUCUUCCUCAACAAUCAACUGCUUCAUCCAGAAGGUGGACAGUUACUCGUUGCUCCUGCUGCCAUUUAA